AAGACCUUGCUAAAAAAACAAUACAAAAAAAAAACCCACACCGCAACCUGGUCUCCGCCCUCCGCCGGCGCCGGCUAGGCCCUCCACUGGGGCUAGGGCUACCCGCCUCUUCCAGGGCAACCGAUUUGUCCGUGCCGCUCGCGCAGGCCUCUCACUACCUGGUGGCGCCGCGCAAGCUCACUCCGGUGGCACGGUGCCCUGCUUCUCCGGUCGCGUCGUCCCGCCUGUGGGAUUUGGCAUCUACCAACACACAGUUACCAGCAAUACUACUGUUUUCUCCGAGCAGCUUUGGUUUAGCAGUCGUGGGUUCUGGAUUAGAAUAAGGAAAUCUAGAGGUGAAAACCCUCCAUUGCAUAUAGCCAUUUCAAAUAUUUUAUCUAUACCUUGAUGGAAAUAUCUGCAGAAUGUAAGAGGCAAACAGUCCUAUCUUCCUUAUUUACCCUGGAUUCCCCUGCCAUUUGACCGCAGCAAGUUUACUUACUGCAUAGCAUUUCCCAUUCAUUUGGAAUGGAUCCUCGUCUUCCUAGUGGGUUUUCAAAUUGUAAGAGUUACCCAAAUGGACCACCAGGAAUGCCCAAUCCUGCGAACUUCCAUCAACCUCAGUUUCCACAGCAUGUCUCAUUUUCCCAUCCAUCGUAUGCCAUGAGUGUUCCACACCAGCAAUUUCCCCAGCAACACCUAUACCCACCAAAUAUCCAGUAUGUUGUUGUUCAGCCACAAUAUGCUCCAUUCUCACUGCACCAACCACCACCUCAGCCUGCUGGGGCAAUGUCAGCACCACCGCCUCCAACAACAGGAACUAUGCCACUACCUGCACUACCACUUCAACCUCCACCUGCUGGAGUUGUGCCAUUUAUGUCUGUGUCAUACUCGGGGACCCCACAUUCUGUAACUGUUCCAGAUGUUCAAGACACUGUUAGUGUAGACAAUGAUGAGAAUGCUGAACCUGAAAGAACUGCUAGGAGACUGAACUGGUCAGAAGUGGAGGACUUAAGACUGAUUCAUGCUUGGUUGAAUACUUCCAAGCCAAAUGGUUCCAAGAAGAAUGAUGCACAUUGGGGAAAUGUUGCUAAGCUGUACAAUAGCAGCACUCCAAAAGAUCGGAGAAGGGCACGGAAUCAAUUGAAACUCCACUGGCAUAAGAUUAACAAGAAAACUUCCCACUUCUAUGACUGUUGGUGCCGAGUUGAGGAGAAAUAUUCCAGUCUGCAGUCUGGCAAAUUGAAACAGAUGGACAAAACAUGGUCAAAGUAUGAUGAGGAAGCAAGGGCAAUGUACCUUGAGGAAGCAAAACAUCGUUUCACUUUGAGCCAUCUUUGGAAAGCUGUCUGGGACCAACCCAAGUGGAAAAAUUAUAUCUCUUCAUUAUACUCCAAGGGUACCAAAUUGUCUGAAUCUGGGGACGGCACAUCAUCCUCUGAGGAUGCCAGUGAUACAUCUGAAAAAGAAAUGGAUGAACAAGAAAGCAUGCCUGCAAAAAAGAAAUGGGAAGGUGAAUGCAAGGUUGCCUCUCCUCCAUUAGAGUUGCAACAAGAUAUUCGAAGCUCAGUGGAUCCUCAAAACAUGUUUGAGAAGAAUCCUUUGAUGGCAGACACUUCAAGGAUACAUGAGUUUCAGCAUGGAAAGGAGAAACUGAUGCCCGACACUUCAAGAUUCAAUGAAUUUCACAAUGAGAAUGCAGUUAGGGACAAUAUGCCUGAAAAGGAAAGACAUCCACAAGGUUGCAAUGCAAGCACUGUGAGAAAUAGUGCUCCUGAAAAAGAAACACGUCAACAAGGUUCCAAGAUGGCAAAGUCCAAGAGGAAACGUAAAGGGAACGCAUCAAUUCCUUCCUCAGAGGUGCAGGAAGACAUUAAACGUGCAAUGGAUCUGCAGAACAUGCUUCAGAAGGAUCGUGAGAAGAUGUCAGAGGUACAACUCCGUCUCUCAAAAGAAAAGCUUGAGUUAGCAAGACUAAAGCAGCAGGAAGCGAAGGACAAAAAAGAAACAACACUCUAUGAGAAGUACACCGAGCUAUUGAUGGCUGACACUCAGCGGUUCAACGAUUUUCAGAAUGAAGAGCAUAAAAAGGCAGUGAAGCGCAUGGGAGAGAUGCUAUUCGGUAAAGAUGGCAUGUAAUUUUUUUGUAGCAGGCUCCUCUGCAUGUAAUGAAUGUCUGAAACGUACCUUAGGUGGUUAUACUCUGUUGGUUUCGUUGAGAACAUUUACUAAUUCGCUAUCCUGAGAACCUGUCUCCUUGGUUAAUAUUUUCUGAUUUUACUUUC